CCGCCCCCGGCCGUCCCCUUUUCCCUGCCGCUCCCCAGCUCUGCGCGGGCAGGGGUCACAGCCGCCUGCGAGAAGCUGGUAGCCGGGCACCGAGCGGGAGCGCGGGCUGGGCCGGGCUGGGCUGCGCGCACAGACUCAGCCGCUGCCCCUGACAGUCGUAUUCCCUGUCCUGCCGUGCUAGGAAACCAUGACGACUGCCAUCUUGGAGCACCUGAGCACCCUGUCUGUAAGUGGGCAGCAGCUGCGCCGCCUGCCCAAGAUCCUGGAGAAUGGGCUUCCCAAGAUGCCUUGCACCGUCCCAGCUUUCCGAGAGCCUUACAUCCGAACCGGCUACCGCCCCACCGGACACCAGUGGCGCUACUACUUCUUCAGCCUCUUUCAGAAACACAACGAGGUGGUCAACGUCUGGACCCACUUGUUGGCAGCUCUGGCUGUCCUCUUGCGAUUCUGGGCCUUUGCCGAGGCCGAGGCCUUGUCGUGGACCUCAGCCAACACCCUGCCCCUGCUCCUCUAUGUCCUGUCCUCAAUCAUGUACCUCACGUUCAGCGUUCUGGCUCACCUGCUCCAGUCCAAGUCAGAGCUCUCCCACUAUACUUUCUACUUUGUGGACUAUAUUGGUGUGAGCGUUUACCAGUAUGGCAGUGCCUUGGUUCACUUCUUCUACACCUCUGACCAGGCCUGGUACGAGCAAUUCUGGCUUUUCUUUUUGCCAGCCGCUGCCUUCUGUGGCUGGUUAUCUUGCACCGGCUGUUGCUAUGCCAAGUAUCGUUACCAGAGGCCUUACCCUGUCAUGAAGAAGAUCUGUCAAGUGGUGCCCUCAGGGCUGGCUUUCAUUCUAGACAUCAGCCCCGUGGCGCACCGAGUGGCCCUGUGCCACCUGGCUGGCUGCCAGGAGCAGGCGGCAUGGUACCACACCCUCCAGAUCCUCUUCUUCCUGGUCAGUGCCUACUUCUUCUCUUGCCCGGUUCCUGAGAAGUACUUCCCAGGUUCCUGUGACAUUGUGGGCCAUGGGCACCAGCUCUUCCACGUGUUUCUGUCUAUCUGCACGCUCUCCCAGCUGGAGGCCAUCCUCCUGGACUACCAGGGGCGACAGGAGAUCUUCCUGCAGCGCCACAGUCCCAUAUCCGUCUACAUGGCCUGUCUUUCUUUCUUCUUCUUGACUGCCUGCAGCACUGCCACUGCAGCCUUCCUGAGGCACAAAGUCAAGGCCAGACUGAUGAAGAAAGAUUCCUGAGGCUGGCAGGCAGGUCGAAGUAUAGAGGCACCCCAUUGUGAUUUGGGAAAAAUGCGAUACAAAAAAUCGAAGUUGACUUUUCAUUUUUGAGUCAGCUUUUAAAUGAAUACGUUUUCCCAAGGAUAUGCUAUGGCUAUGGCAUUGAGAAGCCAAAAGAUUCAAGAGUUAUGUUGUUAUAGUUGUUAAUAAAAGGAGUAUUCGUUUUUCCUCUGAGUCAUAGCCUUUCAAGACACAGGAAAGGAGAGGACCUUGGCUAAGAUCCAAGGGACACUGAAUUAAGGACCAUCCUCAUACCUGAAAAUUUAGUAGAAUCUGACUGUGGCCUCCAGGGGCAAGUCCUGGAGCUGAAGGGAGAAUUAAACUGGACUGGAAAACAAGGAGAUGGCUGGUCCACACCAUAUUGGAAUGGCCAUCCUACUAUGCUGGCCUUCGGUAAUUGAAUGAAUUGACCCAAGGACUUGUUUUUGUUUGGAUUUCAGAUUGUCCAGGGUGGAGAAUUCAGAAUCUUUAAGAUUCAGUGAAACCCUCAGACAUAAUGAAUUAUUCAAUUCAUCUGAUUUCUGGUCCCUCUGCUCUCACCCACUCUAACCCCGAUCCUUUUCUCAGGAUGAUGUCUCCCUGGCAGUUUUCUCUAGAGUGCUAUUCGCUUCCAUCCAUACCUUGGUAAUAUUUAGGACUGUGAAGUAGUCAUAGUUGCAGGAAAUGCUUGGAUCCAUGUGGACAACCAGGAAACUUAUUCUCAUAUAAUUCUAAUGCAAACAGUAUUAGAAAGUACAGUGCCAAAAGCCCCUGGAGACCUAGCCAACAGGCAUGGAUACAGUUUGGUGUCAUGGGGCUCUUCUGUGAAUACCUGUGGACUGCAGGAUUACUUGAGAUCUAUUAGAGCUGCGUUAUAGGCCAGAAGAUCUGGGGCUUGCUCCAGGGAAUCCUCUCCAGAUUUUGACCAGCAUCUUCAAAAAGUCCCUGGUAGAGUGCAUCGGUUCUAAGAGUCCCUCUAGGGAUCUGAUUAUUUCAAGAGGAACCCGAGGUCAAGCCUUUUAAAUGGAUACUGCCCCAAGAAGGACCUAAUAACCAUCCUAGUUCAGGGUCCCCAGGUGGCAGUUAUGAUUUAACUUAGAGCUGAACCCUUACAAUAAUCCAGUCCCAGGAGAGGUGAGUGUGUGUGCUCACUGUGGGUCGGUCCCUGAAGCCUCCUUUGGGUAAGAAUGGUGAACUGGCCACCCGCUAGCUAGAAUGUUGUUCAGGACAUUGCCGCCUACCAGCUCUUAUUGGAUAGAUGGUACUAGCCAUUGAUGUGUUCUGACCAUGCAGCCUCUCUGAGGACUGACUUCUGCAUUCAUCCAGGGAGAAGGGCUCCAUUGACAGAAGAACCAUAGAAGCCUUCUCAAGGCUACAUUUCCUAUCUACUCUGUUUACUAAAAAGGGAAGUGGUUUGUUUUUACUCCAGUUCAAUGAAUGUCUUCUAUUACUAGAUUAUUUUGUUGUCUUCAAAUCUUUGUUUUCUUUCUUUCUCCGAGAGAUUUAUGGCUUUUGUGCCUUAUAAAUGAAAAUGUAUGAAUACUACUUAAUAUAUGACCAUGUGGAAUUUUCAGUUUUGGGUUAUUGAGAUAAGAAAAAAAGAAUUCAUGGCUUUUCAACUAGUAGAUGAAAGAAUUGCUUAUCAAAAGACUCUUUGAAUCUGUAUUUUGUCAAAAAAAAAAAAGAAAAAAGAAAAAAGGGAAAAAAUAUUCAACUGAAGCUUUUCCUAUAAUAUUUGUAUCAAGAAAGUAUAUGUCUUGUCAACUACAUAGUUUUCCUAGAUGGAUCUCUCUGUUACUUCUCAGUUAUUAAUCCUCAAAUGCCUGAGUGUCUGUUCUACCCAAGUGUCUUACACAAACUUCUGGUGUCUAGGCCAAAUUCACCGCAAAUAAAGUUAGUAAAAGUGAACUAAACAAGGGAAUGGAGGAGUUUUGCAAACAUUCCAACUAGAGAGUCAGUUUAAAACAAGGAAGAGAAAGUGUUUGAAAUGUCCAUUAGAUUUAUGGAUUCAAAGACAAUAGAUAUUCUUUUUAAAAGUUGGAAGGAAGAUGUUAGUCAUGCUCUUGAAUAUAACUGUGAUAGUCAUGGUGGGCGGAGAUCUUUAGGCCAAAUGCAGGUAAUUUUUAAAAAGAAAACAGGAAAUACAGCAGUGAUUUUCAAAUGUAGUCCACAGGCCAAUGCCAGCCUGCAUACUGUAAACAGUCUCUAACAAGACAGAUACAAGAUAGACUAAACUUUUAGGUAUUGCCGUAAAAUUUAUAUUUUAAUUUAUGCAAGUAUUAGUUCCUCAAGUGAUUGGAAACUUAAAAUAAAAAAAAGUUUCACCAGAGAUAUUUGAGAAGCAUUGAGGUACGGGACUAUCUCAUUAAAAAAUAUCAGUAUCUCAUUAGUAUGUAAACACAGGAAAUGUGGAUGUUUUUACGACUCAGACUUUUGAGGGGUUAAAUACUUCUUUUAAAACAUUUUCAUUAAAAUGAAUGUACCUGUAAGGAACAGACCUAUUGUUUAAAAUGAAUAACUAAGUUUUUGAUAAAGGAGAUGAUUAUCUUUCUCCACCAUACCCUCUCCAACAGUUGACAUUUACUGGAAAUUCUGUUGGUUCUCUUUUUUUAACUAGUACUUUCAACCUAUUAAAAUGUAAAUGCUUCUGAAAAAAACUAAACUAUCAGUCAUUUACAUCUUGUGAAUAAAAUUUUUGAUGGAUUUGUAUGAGGCCCUACUCAGGGUGGGGAGAGGGGACAGCAGGAUGCAGCAUACUGGAGACACAUUUACCUGUUUCCUUCUUGCCAAGUUCUUGACCUAUAUUUGCUAACGACGUAAUGUUAAUACUCUUCAGAUGUUAGGGUUUCAUUUCCCACUUCAGCUAAAAGUACCUCAUUCAAUAACAAUAUUCUCAGUCCUCUACUGGAAGCUUGAAAUAGCAGGAGCUCAGGCCUCUGGAUAAAGGUAGUUCAUUUCUGUCUCUAUUGCCCGCUUGUUGGCAAAUUGUACGUUUAUGCUUAAAACCAUUAGGUUUUUUAGUUGCUGCACUGUAGUUUCAAGUGAAUCCUCUAGAUGGCGCUCGUGUCUUAGGGAGGGCCCAGCCGUUGUCACCAAGGCCUCGGCCUAUUAAUUGUGUUGGUCCUACCGUUUUGCUUGAUUGCUUGGCAGGGGAAAAAAUGGAACGAUUUUCUGUUUAUGUAAAUCUACUUACACAAAUGACCAUUAAACUGAUUUUGUAUAUGGA